AUGUUUCGUCCUAUCCAUUCAAUUCCUCUACUCUCUUUGGGUUCCUUAAGCUACUUUUUCUGGGCUGGUGGCGAUAAGAGCUCCACUGCUGCCCCUUCUGCUCCUGGAGCUCCGGCUUUUCCAGGAAGCGUUCCGCCGGGAUCAGGACGUGUUCCUGCCCCUUCCAAGCCAGGAAACCUGCCAGCUGCAGACGCUGCAGUGAAUCCAGCUGGCUUUUUUGCGUACGGGUUCCCUGGACCUGUCCAUGACCUCGAAACUAGAACAGAAUUCGUCUCGGUGUACGACCGUCAGAAAAGGAAUCCGUACUAUGUCGUGGAACAUAUAACACCAGAGUCAUUGAAGCGCGAUGCUGCAGGGGGAGGCGACCGUAAGAACUCCGUGUUCAAAGAAGAUGAGCAAAUUCCGAUGAAAUUCCGAGGUUUUCUGCGGGACUACUUCAGAUCAGGGUACGACAGAGGACACCAGGCUCCUGCUGCGGACGCCAAAUUCUCCCAGGUUGCCAUGGACGAAACUUUCUACCUUACCAACAUGUCUCCCCAGGUAGGAGCUGGUUUCAAUAGGGAUUACUGGGCGCAUUUUGAGGAUUUUGUGAGAAGACUAACUACUGGCUACGGUUCUGUUAGAGUCGUUACUGGCCCGCUGUACCUCCCCAAAAAAGACCCUGUUGAUGGAAAAUACAAGGUCACGUACGAGGUCAUUGGCAAUCCACCAAACAUUGCUGUUCCCACGCACUUUUUCAAGCUGAUCGUGGCAGAGAAGUCAUUCAAAAGAAACCCCAGCUCUGACGAUAUUGCAGUCGCGGCAUUUGUGAUGCCCAAUGCUGUCAUCCCUAACGAGGUCCCUCUCACUUCUUUCGAAGUGCCUGUUGAUGCACUGGAGCGCUCUUCGGGCUUGGAGUUUUUGAAAAUGGUGCCUGAUAACAAGAAAAGACAACUUUGCAAGGAAUUCAGCUGUAACAUUAUCGUGAGAGAGUUCAAUGAUACCGUCAAAGCUCUACCAUCGGCAUAA